AGAAGAGUGGAGGAAAAAGAGGAGGAAAGGGGAGGCUGACACGAGUGAGGACACCAGUGGGGGUAUUUGUCUGCUGUCCUGGACUCUGACAGGGUUGGUAGAUCUGGAUCCAGAGCCGGUGACCACAGUGGAGGGAGGAAGCCGGGAUGGGCCCAUCUCAGGCAGACCGCACGGCGACCUCUGCCGGCUCCGCAGCUCCUCACUGGAAAUUAAAGAAAAGGAAAUCAGAGAGAAGGGGUCAGAGAUCCUCCGGGAACAGCUAGACGCAGCAAAGAGGGAACUGAAACUAAAAGACAAGGAGUGCGAACGUCUGUCGCAAGUCAGGAAUCAGCUGGAACAGGAGCUGGAGGAGCUGACUGCCAGUCUGUUUGAGGAAGCCCAUAAGAUGGUGCGUGAAGCUAAUGUGAAACAAGCAGGGGCAGAGAAACAACUGAAGGAGGCUCAAGGAAAGAUUGACGUUUUGCAAGCCGAGGUGACUGCGCUCAAAACUCUGGUGCUGACGUCCACACCUUCCUCACCGAACCGGCAGCUGCACCCCCAGCUGCAGUCGUCGGGCUCCAGGGGUUCCCACAGGCGCGGUGCGGGCCACAUCCGCACCAACAGCGUCGGCGCGCCCUUCCAGACCUCAUCUGGAAAACUGGAACCUUCUACCGUUUCCAUUCAGUCUGUGGCUACAGAGGAGCGAGAGAUGGACUCGGUUCUGUUUGCAGAGUUUUUGUUGUGGAGGGAACAUCCGGGCCUGGACCGAUCCUCCGCCUUCCUGAGUCGAGUUUACCGCGAAGACAUCGGGCCGUGUCUCUCCUUCACACGAUCAGAGCUGUCCCAGCUGGUCCAGAGAGCAGUGGAGAACAACUCCCUGACCAUCGAACCUGUGGCCAUGUCGGCUUUACCUCUGGUCAAAGCGUCAGCUUUAGAGUGUGGAGGUCCAAAAAAAUGUGCUUUGAGUGGCUUGUCACGAGUCUGCCAACAUCGCAUCAAGCUGGGAGACAAGGGGAGCUACUAUUACAUCUCUCCAUCAAGCCGAGCUCGGAUCACGGCUGUGUGUAAUUUUUUCACGUACAUUCGGUACAUCCUGCAGGGCUUAGUGAGACAAAAUGCGGAGCAGAUAUUCUGGGAGGUGAUGCGACUUCGCAGAGAGAUGGCUGUCGCUAAGCUGGGUUUCUACCUUACGGAUCAGGGCUAAAAGACUUCCCAGGCAGACUGAGUCCUGAUUAGUCACAGGUCUGGGAGUUCAGUUCAUGACCAGAUUGUACAUCAUUAGUGAAGGGAAGCAGAAAAUGUGCUACAUUUUGGGAAGGUGAUGAGAAAAUCAAACCACCUGCUGGAUUACGGCCUGAGAAUAAUUAUGGAAAUAUUGCUGUGGGAUUCCCCCUGUUAUCGUCACUUAUGAGCUCCAUUAGGAAAUGGGAAGGAUAUUAUCUUCUAAAUAAAUAUUCUAAAGAACGUCUGAUUGGAGCUCAAUAGACCAGAACCACUACAUGGAGUUUGUCUCACUUGAAAAAUUCAGCAACAUUUGUUUCUCACAGAAAUAUAAAGCUCAACUCCUGCCUGCAUUCAGGUGGCAUACAAUUCAACACGUCUUCCUACGUCUUGGCAGUCUCUCGUGUGCAUGUACUUCCUGCUCUGCAUGUUCAUAACAUCAUAAACUGUCACCUUCAACCUCUUGCAGCUCCAUGUGACUCCUUCAUUUAAUCAGAUGUAUUCUCAUUAAUCACACCUUUACUCUCAGCAGUCACAGCUUUACAUUGUACAGAAGAUAAGGGCUUUAUUACAGGUAAUUACAACGCUUCAAAUGUACAUUUGCACUCUUCAAUGAACAGUACAAUAAACACGCCAUAAAUUACAUAGCCAUAUUAGACAAUGAUUUACCUCAGAGUGUAAAUUUCUCAUUGCAGCCCACUUUUGUUUUGAACAAAACAUGAAGGAUUUAGUGUGCAAUAUUUGCUUCUUAGCCAAAUUAUUGUUUUUUUUUAAAGUCAAUGUAAUGAUGAUGAAAAAACUCCAAUAAACAUAAAACACUGUU